UUGCUUUUCUAUGGCAGUAUAUAUAUAUAUAUAUUGAUGGUUUUGCUACAUCACGCGUAGAUAUGUCAAUUCUUAGAUGGGAGUAAAAUCACGUUUUGAGUUUACGAAGAAAAAUGAUGAAAUGUCACAUAAUAUGGAAGAACAAAAUUCUCAGAUGGCAAAAGAAAAUAGUAUAUAUAAUAUAGGACCAGUAAUACAAUCUCGGAGUGGUCUAUCAUUUCUUACAGUUUUAACAUUUUCAUGCGAAGCCUUAAUAGCAUGUGCGAAACAACUCAAUAUAAUGGACGAAGAAUGUGGUGAUGGAAAUUAUGGAAGUAUACUUGCACAUAGUGCCAAUGCUAUAAAAUUAGCAAUCAAGGAAGGAAGAAUUUCAACAACGAGACCUUUUCUAACAUUUAUGCAAAUAAGCCAGAUCAUUGAAAAAGAAAUGGGUGGCUUAGAAAGUGGAAUCUACUCAUUAUUUUUUGAUAGUGUCGCUAAAAAUUUUCUUAGAUUUCAAAGUGACGAGCAAAUAACUGCCAACAUGUGGUUGACUGUUCUAACAUUUGCAAACAAAAUGAUAUCUGAGGUUAGUGGAACAUCGAUUGAUCAUCGAACCAUGUUGGAUGCUUUAAUACCUGCGGAAAAUGCAUUAAGAGAUGCAUUAAAUCUUGGCUCCAGUCCUGUCGAUGCUUUUGGAGAAGCUGUGAAAGCUGCUGAAAUUUCAGCUAUGCAAACUGUGCAUAUGUCUCGGUCUGUCAAUUGUACAAUUAAUAAGACAUUCAAAUAUCCAGAUCCUGGAGCACAUGCUGUUGGCAUAUGGAUGAGAGCUGCUUAUGAAGAAGAUGGAUCGGAUGAAUGUGAAGGCUGUCAAAGUAUUGGGAAUGUUAAAUAUUUAAGUAAUGAGCAUGAAACAAGAACAUCAUUUUUGUCUGCUCAGCAAUCAUUAAUGCAGGAUAUUGGAAAUCUUCUCAAAUAUGCAUGUAUUAGGAGCUUAAGUUGUGAGGUACACCCUGGUAAAGAAGGUGUUUGCUACUUUGGAGAUGAAUACAGGGGGCAUGUUUUAAGUCAUACUUUUACAUUGAAAGAUGCCCAGGCAAGAGGAUUUAGAAGAUGGUGCAGUUUUAUAGUUUUUAUGAGAGACAAACAAUUCUUGUUGAACAUGUGGCCAUUUUUAAUUGACAACUUAAAAGAGGUAAUUAGAGAACUGCAAGAUUUGGCGGAGAGAAGAUAUAAUGCGGAAGAAGCAGAGUGUCCGCAAAGGGCAAUGAGAUUAACAACAGCAAAUAGUGGAGCGAGUUGUCACAGUAUUUCUAUUAAACAAUCUAGAACACUUACCGAUAUAACAAAUGAGAAACAUGUUUUUGUAAGGAUUCAUAUGUGGUUAGUAUGGAUCCUCAGCGCUGGUGCUAGGCACUUUAUAGAAAUUUUUCCAAUGAGUUUAUUAGAUGACGAACUUAAUUAUAAUUUUGAACAUCAAAUUGAAACUGAAGAAGGUUUUACUUUAGUGAAUGCAAAAUUGCCGGUAAACUUUAAUUUUAACUGGAACGAUUCUGAGCUUUUGCCAGAAUUUUCUGAAAUCGCAGAAAAAUCAACCGCUGUAAUUUUACGAAAUCUAAAACGGAUACUUGGGAAAGAUCAGUUUAAACAGUUGCUAUAUUCUUGUUUAAUCGGUGUUCAAGUUUUGGUAAGAGGUCCAAAGAUUCAAAGAUUAGAAUCUUUGUACGGUCUUAGCAGUCUUGUUCCAAGAGCAUGUCGACGAAUAAAAACGCAAACAUUAGAAUAUAUGGAUCCUGAUACAUGUAACUUUAUCGGUGUAGACACUUCGGUAGCAGUUCCUUUACCUUGUGCAAGUGUAUGCAGGCUAGACAUAAUACUUAAUGAACAUAAAGUUGGAAAUACCAAAUCUCAUAUCGUUAAAUGGACUGGCAUUUUACCAACAAAACUUCCGACCUUACUAAUAAAGAUUGAAAAAUUACUCGACAAUGAGAAACUCGGAAAUUCAGUUUUUAAAGCACAUUUUGCGACUCUUCAGGAAGAAUGGGCCAACAUUGCGAAAGUUGUUCACGCGAUGCGUGGACGAGGUCAUCGCGGUGAUCUCUCUGGACUUAUGCUUAGUUUGGGCGCUGGACCUCAGGAUAAAAAAUUGCUGGAUGCAUGGUCUAUGGGAUUACCGUCUAACCCGGCAUAAUUUAUAAACAUUAUAUUGUUUUUAUCACAUAUGAUGUAGUAUAUUAUUGGCUGUAAUGUAAUAUUUAUUGCAGAUUACGUAUAUGUAUUUUAUCAAUUCUUCGCAUUUGCGAGGGAAAUACUGUGUGUUCAAGGUUGUAUUUUUUUUUUAUUUAUAAUUUAGUCAAAAAAUAAAAAUACGAGAACUAAACAUCUCGAUGGACUAAUUCAUUUAACGUAAACAUCAAUGAUGGAUAUUUUUUUUAUAUUUGUUACAUUUUCUUUAGAUUGGAUAAGUAAAAUGAAUGACAAAUAAAACUUGGUAGUAAUUUUUAUAACCAUAUAUACACACACGCACACGCAUACACAAUAAAUAUUAGCAUAAAUUUCUAACUUGUA